UCUGUACAUAUUUGUGCAUGUGAAGGCGCCCCCAACAUUCGAAGACGCGCGUGUUGUAUACGUACGCAUCUCUGAUUGGCAUUCUCUAAUUCGGCAGCCGUUUUUCUAAGAAAUGCAGUGCCUAAUUAGAAGCUCAUCAUGGAUCUCGAUGCCUUGGUCGUUCAGUCACUCAACUCGGCUGCCUCUCUGUUUUCGUACCAAGACGAUUGGCUGGUUCCUGUCGACUCAGAGACAAAUUCGGCGCAUUUGGAACCAUGCGAUCUAAAGCAAGAGUCACUUUCAGAUAGCAAGCCCGGACCCACGAGCAGGGUGGCACCGGGACCUCAUGCUCGGGAUUUCGAUGAGGUACAACCGGAGGAGGCCUGCAAGCAGCUGAAAAAGACAUCGCGCAUCCUGUCUUACUACAAUCAUGUGAAAGACCUACCGCCUCCGGGGAAGAGAAAGGAACAAGGCGGUGUCAGGAUACAAGAAACGAUGGCAAAACAGGGAGAAGCAAAGGCAGCUCUCACAGGAUUGGGGGGCGAGAGCAAGGCGUUGAUUAAGGCGAGUGGUAAAGAGCUGUUCUCUGGCGCUGGUUUGGGAUUGAUGAAGUCGGUGUCAGCGGAUGAUUAUACCAAGCGCCCAACUUGGCACCCGCCAUGGGAGAUGAUGGCGAUGAUUUCCGGGCAUUUGGGUUGGGUUCGAUGUAUAUCGGUAGACCCGACGAACAGCUGGUUUGCAACUGGUUCGGCUGAUCGGACGAUCAAAAUUUGGGAUUUAGCAAGGCACGAGUUGAAAUUAACUUUGACAGGCCAUGUGGCGGCCGUUCGGUCGGUGGUAGCGAGUGAGAGACAUCCUUAUUUGUUUUCUUCUGGAGAGGAUCAGAAAUUGAUAUGUUGGGAUUUAGAAUGCAACAAAGCGAUUCGGCAAUAUUUUGGGCACCGAAGUGGAAUUUAUAGCAUUUCUUUGCAUCCAGAAUUGGAUUUAUUAGUUUCUGGAAGUCGUGACAGAAGUGUGUGUGUAUGGGAUAUGAGGACUCGAGCUGCUAUUCACACGUUUGUUGGACACGAAUCGACUGUUUUUUGCGUAGCUACACAGGCAUCAGAGCCACAAGUAAUCUCUGGAAGCAGUGAUUGCACGGUCAAGUAUUGGGACUUGGUCGCUGGUCAAUGUUAUACGACACUCACGCAUCACAAAAAAAGCGUACGCGCACUGGUCCUUCAUCCACGUGAAAACGCCAUGGCUACUGGCGCUGCCGAUGCAUUGAAGAAGUUUGCUUUCCCUCAUGGGAAUUUCAUUCACAAUUUUCCCCUUGUCGAAGAUGCGAUUAUUAACUCUCUCGCCAUCAAUCACGAUGGUGUCAUGGUUGCCGGCUCUGCUUAUGGCACGCUCAACUUUUAUGAUUGGAAAAGUGCACAUCAGUUCCAAGCUGCUCAAACUAUUCCUCAACCAGGCUCACUUCCUUCGGAAGCAGGUUUCUUCGACACCGCUUUCGACAAAACUGGAUCCCGGCUCAUCACGGCCGAACUUGAUAAGACAAUCAAAAUAUGGAGGGAAGUUCCAGAUGCAACACCAGAAAACUAUCCACUCAAUUGGAAACCAAAACGCAAACGGGUUGCAUGGUGAGUUUGAUAAAUCUAUUUUUCAAAAUAUCUCGUACAUUUAAAAAUUUUUUGGCGCCAAAUUCCACUUUCUUUUCUUAUGUUCGAUUGCUUCUUUAUAGCUUCGCUCCAUGGAGACCUCUUUCUAUAUCGUCAAUGUAUGCAGGAUAUA